UAAAAGUUAACUUAAUGAAAAUUGGUGCUGGCUAAAGAUGGAUGUUCAUAAAAGAAAUUACGUUAAAGGAAUAAUGAUUUCUGCAAUUAUCAUUAUCAUAUCACCUGAAUUAGUUACUACAUCUUCUAAUGUAUCAUUUAUACCUGAAUCAAAUUUGUAUACUCUAUCUAAUAUUUCUACAAUAUUUUCUCAAAAUGUUCCCAAACAUGUAACAAUCACUAAUGAAGAAAUUAAAACAAUUCUACACCAAUUCAAUGAAGUUGACGAUGAUUUAAAUUCAAUACAAAAUAUUUUUAGAUCACAAACCAAAGAGUCCAAAUCACGCAUAGUCAGAUCAGUGGGACGAUCAAAAUGUACAAUUUCUAAGCAAAAAUUAACAAAUUUGAAAAAUGAAAUAGAAAGUAUACUUUCAAAGGCAUCAAGCGACAAUAAUCCAAGUACAUGCACCUUAAAUCUCAAUGAUCCAGAUAAUUGUAACGAACUGACCAAAGUAAUUCAAUGUGGUAUUCAACAUUUGAAAAAUGGUUUUGUCGAUGCAGUUACAUCAGACAAUGGUUCCAUCGAUGAAAUUAUGAAAUGGAAAAACGCAUAUGAAAGUUUACUUGAUAAAUACCAAAAACAAAGUGAUGAAUUGAAACAAGCUUUAUCGGAAGAAUAUCAACUAAAGUUGGAUAAAUUACAAACUGAUUUGCAAAAAUUAGGGAACGCAUUGAAUAAGGCAUUAGAACGUUUACAAACUACCACAAUAAAUUUAUGUAUUACGGAAGUUAUGCUUGGGAAAUUUAGCGAAGCUCUUGCACAUUUUCAAGAAUUAAAAUCAGUUUCAAUAUCUGUUAUUAUAAAGGAGUGUUAUAAUUUUCAAAAUGGCAAUGAUGAGUUCUAUAACUUUAAAAACAUUAUAAAUUUUAUAAGACAGCAACCAUUAAUUUUAAAUGAUGAAAUUGCUUACAAAACUUUGUAUAAAGAGAUGGAAUCGAAAAAUCAUUUAAGUUCUUUAAAAAUAAUUUUAUUAGCUUGGGCAAUACAAAAUUCUCCAGCAAAAGAUAAACUUACAAAUGUAUACUCAAAAGUAGAAAAUUAUUUAAAUAAAAUCAAAGAUCUAUGGGCAGAUGAAAUUUAUUAUAAUCGCCAAGAUAAAAAACUUACAAAUUUUGCUACCAAGAAUCCAUUUUUCUUUCGUGAUAUUUUAAGUGAUACUUUAAAGGUGGCUUUAAAAAAGCCAAAUGCAUUAACAGAUAAAUUUGACAAUAUUAUCCAAUUUAUUAAACGAUUGCCAAAAAUUAGCCAAGAUGCUACAGCAUAUUCAAUUUUAUUCGAUGAAAUGCAAAAGCAAGGCAUGGAAAAUAAUAAUAGAAUUACUAAACUUGCCUACAACGUAAGGCAGUCUAUGGAACAACCAAAUUAUCAAAAUAUAGCAAAAGAAUUUCAGAAUAUGUUUGAGGAUGUAAAACGAAAGAUACCUUCUUGGGCUCGUAAUAUUAUUUGGAAUGGCGAUAAGUGCAAAUUAAAGAAUCGUAAUUGGGACCAAUAUAUAUACGCGAAUGGAGAGGAUGAAUAUGAUUCAAAGCAUCGCAGAGUAUUUUCAUGGAAAGAUGGCACAACUCAAGAUAUUAUGAAACCAGAAAAUCAAUGGAAAUUUGAAACUGACGAUGGUGGUGAAUCUUUUAAGAUAAAAAAUGUUCAUUGGAAUGAAUAUUUAUAUGCUGAUUCAGAUUAUAAAGAUAAGAGUCGUUGUCGAGUCUAUACUUGGAGACAGGGAACUCAAGUACUUCACGGCUCUUGGAAAAUAACCCCAACUAACAAUGGAAAUUAUGUAAAUAUUCAAAAUACCAAUCAUAAUGAAUAUUUGUUUGUUGACAGUGGAUUGCGAUGGAAUCAAAGAUAUAGUAAGUUGAGACGGAGGGUAUUCACUUGGAGAUCAGGGACACCAUCAGGUGUAAUGAUUCGAGAAAGCGAGUGGGAAUUAGUUUGUUAAUACAGUCAAAUAAGUUAAAAAACAAAUAAUUA